UAUUACUGGACGAGACAGAUAGACAGGGAGAGAAAGAGAUGGUAACAUGUCAUCAUCUUUCGCUGAGUUUGUGGGAAAUGAGCUCAAACAAGCUGGAGUUGCAUCAGAUGUUUUGACUUUUGAUCCAGUAAACACGCAGGAAACUCACAUCAUGACACAAUCAACAGUUGUUUAAUGUGCUGAUAUAAAAACAUGAUAGACACAGCUCUAUAAACUUAUUUUGUGAUGUUCGGUGGCCACAGAAUCACCUUUUUAUGUGUUGAUGACAGGAGGAUGGAUUCUUCAUCAGGAUUGAGCACCAGGUCAACAGGGGGCGGAGCUCAAGCGAAUGAAGGUGCAGUUGAAGUGGGAGGGGCCAGACGUCGAGUCCCCCAUGUUGAAAUGAAACUCAUGGAAUCAGUGGAGGGGUCAGAGGUGGGGCUAAACAAUGACAUCACCGCUCUGAUGCUACAUCAACAGAUAGACCGCAGGAAAGCAGCAGUUUACCUCAUUCUGAUCAGCCUGCUUAUCUUCACCACAGCGUUCCUGUUGGGUUACGUGGCGUUCCGUGGAACCUGUGGUUUGUGCAGGGACGAGGUGGAUCUGCUUCCACUGAGCGAUGAGGCUGGAGCGGACACCUCGCCCAAGGAGGGGGUGAUGUACAUGGCUGAGCUCAGAGAGAUGUUGAAAAAAUACCUGAAAGAGGAGAGGAUCGAAAGCACACUUAGGCGAGUGAGCAGGACAUCUCAUCCAUCAGGAUCUUCAGAGGGGAACGCCAUAGCGCAAGAAAUACUGCAGAAUCUGCAGAACCUCCGUAUGGACCACACCUGGACCGACUCGCACUACGCCACACUUCAGUUCCCCUCCAGGACGCAGCGAAACACUCUCUGGUUGGUCGAUUCAGAGGGGGCGGAGCUAGAGGAGAUUCGACUAGAUGGCGAGGGAUACUGCGCCUACAGCGCUACAGGAAACGUCACGGGUGGCGUUGUGUACGUGAACUACGCUCGGCAUGAAGACUUUAAGCAGCUGCGCGCGAUGGGCGUGGCCCUCAACGGUUCCAUCGCCAUAGCGAGAGUGGGAGGGGGCGUGAGCUUUGCAGAGAAGGUGUGGCAUGCACAGGAGGCGGGGCAUGUGGGCGUUCUCAUCUAUCCCGACCCUGCCGACGUACCCCAGGAUCCACGACGACUGGGUCUCCAUAGCAACGCCGUCAUCUCGGAUCACGUUCACCUGGGCUCAGGUGACCCAUUCACACCUGGAUUCCCCUCCUUUAACCACACCCAGUUCCCAUCCACACAGUCAUCAGGCCUGCCAAUCAUUCCAGCCCAGCCAAUCAGUGCAAACGUCGCUUCCACACUGUUAAGUCAGUUAUCUGGUGUCAAGUGCCCGCGUGGUUGGCAGGGUCGGUUGCCGUAUGUUCAGUGUGUGUUGGGUCCGGGCGAGGGCAGGGUGAAGAUGGGCGUGUUUAACAGCAUGAAGCCGGUGCUGCUCAACAACAUCUUCGCCUCUAUAGAGGGCAAAAUCGAACCCGACCACUAUAUCAUUAUCGGGGCCCAGAGAGACUCUUGGGGUCCAGGAGCCGUGAAGUCUGGAGUUGGAACCGCCAUUCUGAUGGAACUAGCCAGAACAUUCAGUAACAUGGUGGAGAACGGAUUUUCCCCCAAGCGCAGUCUGCUGUUCGUCAGCUGGGAUGGAGGAGACUUUGGGAAUGUUGGCGCCACUGAGUGGCUGGAGGGUUACCUCACCAUGCUGCACCUAAAAGCUGUGGCGUAUUUCAGUCUGGAUCAAGCCAUCCUCGGUGAUGAUAACCUCUCCGUGUACACCAGUCCUCUGUUAGCAGACCUCGUCGAAGGAGCCAUCAAACAAGUUGAACAUCCCAAACACACGGGUCAGUCGAUUCUCUCUCUGGUGCAGCGACAGGGCGGCUGGAGAAACAUAGUGAAGCCGUUGUAUUUGAACAGUGGUGCGUACAGUUUCACCACAUUUGGAGGAGUUCCUGCUAUGGAGCUGCAUUUCGUUGAGGAUGCUCGUACAUACCCGUUUGUGAACACUCAGUUGGACAGCGUCGGGCGUCUGCAGGAGCUUCUUCAGGGGCGUUUGGGUUCGGUGGGUCGAGCUGUUGGUGAACUGGUGGGUCUGAUGGUUCUGAAACUGUCACAUGAUCACAUACUUCCACUGGACGUCACCUGCUACAGCAGCACAGCACUGCAGCUCAGCUCUAAACUCAGCCUGGACGCUGGUCAUCUACAGUCGAGGGGUUUGUCUCUGCAGUGGGUUUUUAGUGCGAGAGGAGAUUACAGCAGAGCCGCUAAAAAACUGCAGGAGACCAUAAAGAACAGCGACGUUCAGGACGAAAGACUCGCCAGAUUGUAUAACACGCGCAUCAUGAGGGUGGAAUACUACUUCCUGUCGCAGUACGUGUCAGUGGUCGAGACGCCGUUCCGUCACGUGCUACACGGGCGCGGCGAUCACACUCUGAGCGCGCUCGCUGAGCAUCUCUCUCUCCUGCGCUCUGACCCGCACCUGUUCAACGAGGCCCGUUUCCGACGGCAACUGGCUCUCUUCACCUGGACGCUACAGGGCGCCGCUAACGCUCUCAGCGGCGAUGUGUGGAACAUCGACAACCCUCUGUAGAGCUCCACGACUGCAGACUUCUUUAGCCACACCGUGAAUAACUCUACAACAUCAAAAUACAACACGUCAACAUUAGUCGAGUGUGCGCUUUCAACGUGUCCAACUUACUUACCACUGGAAACUUGUCGCGUUGCGCCUGGGUUGGUUGCAGUGUUACGACGAAUAUGUUUCCCUCUGUGUGUUUGUUCUAUUAUUAUUAUUAUUAUUUUCUGUUCUGGUGAUCUAUGUGGACAUAUUAAUUUAAUGGUUAAUUAACAAUUAUAAUUGAGACGUGAUUCUUUUUUUAUUGCUAAGUGAUAAUGAGACUCUCGUAAUGUGUGCAGUAAUUAUCGGGAGCAGUGACUCUCAUAAUUAUGACAGUCAUACUGUCGUCCAAUCAAAAAGCAGCAUCUGCUAUCAAUCAGCCCAUGAUGUCACAUGACCCCUCAGGCUGUGAUGUCAUAGAGCUCUAGAGCUCACCUGUUGAAUUGUAAAUCAGGUGCACCAGUGAAAGCCAGACCAGCAUGCUGGCUUUAGCUGCAUGGUCUAUGGACUGGUUUUAAAGUGGGUUUGGCCAGGUUGGGAGACAAGUUUAAACCAGCUGGUUUGUUUUAGCUAUGCCAGGAAUCUGCUCAAAAAUACAUUGUGCUCUUCGGAGUUUAGAUAUUGUUCAGAUCUGGAUUAUAAAUGUAGACCCUGUAUUUACAACAUGUGCUGUUGCAUUCGAAUAAA